AUGCUAUCUAGUCGAAGGACAAUGGGCACUUCGAAGUCUCUGGACUCGCGACCUCGCUUCUUUUCUUCAUCUUCCGAUUCUUCCAACAGAACUGAGAGUCGCUUGGGCACUUGGCUCAUUCGUUUGGGAUGGGGACUGCUCGGAUUGGUCGCCGUGGAUCAAGUGUUGCAAUACAAGCAAGAGCAAGAAUCCAAGGAACGAAUGAAAAUGUUGGUAGAUAUGCAACAAGAAGCAAACGAGAUGAACCAGCCAGAAUGGGACAAUAGUCUUCCAACCCUAUUUCAAUGCAAGAUUGCUCACGUCGAACCAUCGUUGGAUGGGACCAAAAUGCUGGCCAACAUUCGUAUAGGCGAUGUAGUUGAGAUUGUCGAAGCUAAAGUUGGUCCGAACGAAGCCUAUCAUUUGUGUCGUCGACCAGCACAGGGGCGGAGGCCAGAAUCUAUGGGAUGGUACCCAGUUGAAUUCAUGGAGGAUUUGUAA